UAGAGGAGCUAUUGUUCUUUUAAUGUUUAUUAUGAUGAUUGUUAUUAUCAUUAUUGAUUUUUUUUACCAUCAUAAUUAUUAUAUUUUCUAUUAUUAUUAUUAACAUACUUUAACUCCUUAGAGAUGUAACCUGAUGUACUUCAGAUCUUGAGACCUUUACAGUGAAAAGUGAUCCAAAGAUCAUAAAGUUAUGAAUUAUGAGCUCUGAAGGUGUUUCUGAGGCUGAAGAAGCUCCAAACGGAACCAAACUGCUCUCACAUUGAAAGUCCUCCAUGUUUUUAUCUGAUGUGGUUUUAAUGCUUCAGAGGGAAGUCGGCUCUAUAGCGCCCCCUACGCAACUUAGACCAUGCAGCCCUCGCAGUACGUUCCACAUAGAUCUAUAACAUUUGGUAAGCACAUGCAUCACAUGUAGACUUAAACAAAAGUCUCUUGGAGCCAUCCUCUAAACCCAACCGGAAGUCAGCCAUUUUGAAUUUUGUGUACAUUUCUUGUGUUUUUGCUGAACUUUAGUGAACUCCUCCUAGAGAAUGAAUCACAACUUAAUAUUUAGUGAGAACAAUCUAAAGACCUUUGUGAUUAAAAGUUAUCAAAAGCUUCAAGGUUUCAUGAACGGGGAGGACGUGGUGUGGCGGCCAUUUUACAUGGUUCACCAUCAUCCAUCAAUCUGCUGUAACUAGACUGUUCUUUGUCUAAACCCUCCCAAACUUGCCAUGCUUGAUGAGAGUCAUGGCCUGAGGACUUCUGCAGGCCAAUAUUAACUCAUAGUCACAGCGCCACCUACUGGCAACCGUUGUUAUAUGAGGGUUUCAGAAGUACAGAGGUCCAAACACUGAGCGGACCCUCUGAAGAACAUGUGGUUCCUUUAUAUAAAGAUAAAGAUUUUAAAGAGUUUGGAGAGCAGAAAUGAGCUCACAAUAGUUUAAAGUCAUGUCAGUUGGCAUCAGCAUAAAUGACCUGUAAAACAGUAAACGGUGAGAUUCAGGUUACAUGUCACAAUAAAUGAUGCACGCUACAUUCUGACAACACAUCACUAAACAUCUGCAGAUGAGAGCUCACAGUGUUUCAUUGAAGGGUUAACUAACAGCCAGUUGAGCCCACUGUCCUCUCUCAGCCUCUGGAUUCACUGCCGGUCCUUUUCUCUGGACUCCUCACUCGUCUCCUCUGCCAACGUGUUCUACUAGAUUACUGUCAGACACAGAGAGUUUAGAGAGCUGCUUUUACUUUGACAGUCUGUUAUGUUACAAACACUGAAGCACAUUCACAGCUUACGUUUGUUCUCUUCAUGGGCUCACAUUUAAUAUUGUAUUCAGAGAUAAACUCCAAACAUUGGAGGUUUAAGCCGACGACACCGCUGCUCCACGCAGGAAACACCGUCUGACUCGUUCACGCAGCAACUGAUAGACGAGGAAGAGCAAGGUCUUCUGAACCAGCGUCCAGCCAGAACCCUCCACAUGCACGAGGGUGGGAGGACCAUCAAUGCUGCUUCCAGCUUUAACUCCAUUUCUAUUCACUUCAUUGAAGACAAACAUCAAGUAUUUCUGUAACUUCUUGUUGUGAGACUGAAUUCAAAAGUCCCUUUGGUCCCUUCCAUCGGCUCCCCAAAUCUGUUCCUCAUCUGUCCCACAUCUGUUCAUCUGUCCCACAUCUGUCCCAUAUCUGUCCCACAUCUGUCCCACAUCUGUCCCUCAUCUGUCCCACAUCUGUCCCUCAUCUGUCCCACAUCUGUUCCUCAUCUGUUCCUCUGCUUCACCGUAAACGUGAGAUCAAUCACACACUCUGAACACGGGGGCGGCUGGUUUCACCGCAGUGGUGGACUGGAAUAAGGAAGGAAGGAAAGGACGCAAGUGAAGGAAGCGUGUAUUUCUCCAUGUGGGCCUCAAACGUCACGUCCAAUGUUACUGAGGUCGUUAUCAGCCUGACCUGUUAUAAACAGCUUCCUGUUUGAUAUCCAUCGGCCCUGAUGAUGUCACAGAGACAUGAAAAGUGACGUCAUCCCCAAAGAGGCCAAUAAAAAGCCACAUGAAGUCUUCCUCUAGUCUUCAAACAAGCCAAGAGACUAAAGAGCAUUGUGAACGUCAUUUCUUAGAGAGGACUCUGCAGCUCAGUGACAUGGAAACUGUCCCACGAGUGUCUUUAGUAUUGAGGUGAAUGUGCUGUGUGUGUUUGUCAUGAUGAAGUUGUCGUGAAAUAAUGUUGUUGUUUGUGUGAAGGUGUGGACUCUGCUAUGAAUCAGUGCGAGGACAGAGAGGAGGGAGUCCCUCCCUCUAAAACCAGCCACACCAAAGCUCAGAGCAUCCAUCAGGGACCACACUGUCCUGGACCUGAACCUGAACCUGGACAUGAACCCGAACCCAGCUGUGUGUCCAUGAAGAGUGACCGGUCUAUGGCUUGUCCUAUAUACUUCAAAGAUGGCCGCCACUCUGUUGAUCAAAGUUCACAGCAGCAGAGAGAAACGUCUCCUGUACCCAGCUGUGUGUCCAUGAAGAGUGAUCAGUCUAAAGAUGAUGGGAUUAACUUCAAAGAUGGACGCCGUUCUGAUGACCCAGAAGAGGACCUGGACUUCAUAUUUAUGCUGCUGGAGCAGAACAUCGUCACUUUUGUGAAGAACGAGCUGAAGAAGAUCCAGAAGGGACUGAGUUCAGAUUACCCAAAAUGCUUAGAGAGUCAGAGGGAGGAUGAGGAGGUGUUGGACGGUGAGGAUGAAGAGCAGAGGAGGAGCAGCAGAGAGGCGUUUGAGAAGAUCACAGUAAACCUCCUGAGGAGAAUGAAGCAGGAGGAGCUGGCUGACUGUCUGCAGAGCAGAAGUCAUCCUACAGUUUGUCAACGUGAACUCAAAUCUAACCUGAAGAAGAAGUUCCAGUGUGUGUUUGAGGGAAUCGCUAAAGCAGGAAACCCAACCCUUCUGAAUGAGAUCUACACAGAGCUCUACAUCACAGAGGGAGGGACUGCAGAGGUCAAUGAUGAACAUGAGGUCAGACAGAUUGAAACAGCAUCCAGGAAAUCACACAGACCAGAAACAACCAUCAGACAAGAAGACCUCUUUAAAGCCUCACCUGGAAGAGAGGAACCAAUCAGAACAGUGAUGACAAAGGGAGUGGCUGGCAUUGGGAAAACAGUCCUAACACAGAAGUUCAUUCUGGACUGGGCUGAAGGCAAAGCAAACCAGGACAUACAGUUCACAUUUCCAUUUAAUUUCAGAGAGCUGAAUGUGCUGAAAGAGAAACAGUUCAGCUUGGUGGAACUUGUUCAUCACUUCUUCAGUGAAACCAAAGAAGCAGGAAUCUGCAGGUUUGAAGAGUUCCUGGUUCUGUUCAUCUUUGACGGUCUGGAUGAGUGUCGACUUCCUCUGGACUUCCACCACAAUGAGGUCCUGACUGAUGUUACAGAGUCCACCUCAGUGGAUGUGCUGCUGACGAACCUCUUCAGGGGGAAACUGCUUCCCUCUGCUCGCCUCUGGAUAACCACACGACCUGCAGCAGCCAAUCAGAUCCCUCCUGAGUGUGUUGACGUGGUGACAGAGGUCAGAGGGUUCACUGACCCACAGAAGGAGGAUUACUUCUGGAAGAGAUUCAGAGAUAAGGAGGAGGCCAGCAGGAUCAUCUCCCACAUCAAGACCUCACGAAGCCUCCACAUCAUGUGCCACAUCCCAGUCUUCUGCUGGAUCACUGCUACAGUUCUGGAGGAUGUGUUGAAGACCAGAGAGGGAGAAGAGCUGCCCAAGACCCUGACUGAGAUGUACAUCCACUUCCUGGUGGUUCAGUCCAAACUGAAGAAGGUCAAGUAUGAUGGAGUACCUGAGACAGAUCCACACUGGAGUCCAGAGAGCAGGAAGAUGACUGAGUCUCUGGGAAAACUGGCUUUUGAUGAGCUGCAGAAAGGCAACCUGAUCUUCUAUGAAUCCGACCUGACAGAGUGCGGCAUCAAUAUCAAAGCAGCCUCAGUGUACUCAGGAGUGUUCACAGAGGUCUUUAGAGAGGAGAGAGGACUGUACCAGGACAAGGUGUUCUGCUUCGUCCAUCUGAGUGUUCAAGAGUUUCUGGCUGCUCUUCAUGUCCAUCUGACCUUCAUCAACUCUGGAGUCGAUCUGCUGUCAGAAGAACAAACAACCUGCCGGUUGUCUGAAGUCUCUGAAGACAAACCUGAACUAACACAUCUCUACCAGAGUGCUGUGGAUAAGGCCUUACAGAGUCCAAAUGGACACCUGGACUUGUUCCUCCGCUUCCUCCUGGGUCUUUCACUGCAGACCAAUCAGACUCUCCUACGAGGUCUGCUGACACAGACAGGAAGUAGCACACAGACCAAUCAGGAAACAGUCCAGUACAUCAAGAAGAAGAUCAGUGAGAAUGUGUCUCCAGAGAAAAGCAUCAAUCUGUUCCACUGUCUGAAUGAACUGAAUGCUGGUUCUCUAGUGGAGGAGAUCCAACAGUCCCUGAGUUCAGGACUUCUCUCCACAGAUGAACUGUCUCCUGCUCAGUGGUCAGCUCUGGUCUUCAUCUUACUGUCAUCAGAAAAAGAUCUGGACGUGUUUGACCUGAAGAAAUACUCUGCUUCAGAGGAGGCUCUUCUGAGGCUGCUGCCAGUGGUCAAAGCCUCCAACAAAGCUCUACUGAGUGGCUGUAACCUCUCAGAGAGAAGCUGUGAAGCUCUGUCCUCAGUUCUCAGCUCCCAGUCCUCUAGUCUGAGAGAGAUGGACCUGAGUAACAACAACCUGCAGGAUUCAGGAGUGAAGAUGCUGUCUGCUGGACUGGAGAGUCCACAUUGUACACUGGAGACUCUCAGCCUGUCAGGCUGUCUGAUCACAGAGGAAGGCUGUGCUUCUCUGGCCUCAGCUCUGAGCUUCAACCCCUCCCGUCUGAGAGAGCUGGACCUGAGCUACAAUCAUCCAGGAGACUCAGGAGUGAAGCUGCUGUCUGAUGGACUGAAGGAUCCACACUGGAUACUGAAAACUCUCAGGUAUGAAGAGGCCUGCUGCAGCCACAGACAAUCAGUCUGAUGGAGGAGGUAGAGCUGGAGACUUGUUCUCUGUCACAAUGUCAGCCUGGUUAAUAUGACCCUGACACACCAAGCUGACCUCAAACUACCAGAGACUCAAACUGUUUGUGAAGUAGUCAGGGAACAGUAGCCAGGAUGAGCCACAACAGGGAGGGAAGGUGAUGAAACUGUUGUUUUUCUGGAGCGUUGUCUUGUUACAUUAGAAAAUAGGACAGUGGUGUAUCCUGACACGUUGACGGCCAUCAUGGUGGGUUGACAUGCAUCAACGUCAUCACGCUGCAGGUUUGGGGACGCAUAUCAAAGUUGAUGUUUUGAUGCUUGUGUGUGUUGCCCUUUAGUCCAGACAUUAUUGUGAAAAGACAAACAGACAAAGAAACAAUCUGUUUAAAGCGUCUUGAUGAAUCAUCACAAUAGGAAUGUUUUCCUGUUUUAAAGGAGUUCAGCUGUACCUGGUUGUGGUUUGUUUUGCACUGAGAGCCAGUUCCCUGGCUGAUAAGAGUCGACUUGUUGAAACUACAGGUGACAGUCGGCCACAGACGCUCAGUGAAGAACCAACAGCUGGUUGUGGACAUGGGUGUGUCAGAGCCCAAAGAGGUUUAUUGAGGACUGGACCAAAGUUCUAGGGGGACACAGGCAGUGCUCUGUGGCUGCAGACGGACUUGAACUGUAAUAUUUUCACCCUCAGAUUACAGAUAAUAGAAACCAGUGUUGACUGUUGCUAGGAGACGGGAUGUGAACAGCUUU